UUCUUACAAACGCAGAGGAACGGAUCAUAAGCAGAUCGUCAAGUUGUUGUUAUUGUUCAGGUUGCAAGUCGAACUCUGGUACGGGACUUAACAACAUCAAUACGACAAUGUCUUCCAGCGAUGUUGAACUGAGUAAAGCUGAGAUUAAAAAAGUCAGAGAAAUUUUCAGAAGUUACAUGAAAAUAUCCAGUAAGUCAGCCAGUCCAGACCAAAUCAACUCCAAAGCCCUCGGGAAGCUGACCAAGAAAUGCUGGCCGAAGGAGCUUUGUCUAUAUACCGACACAGUUGCUUUCCCAGCAUGCAAAGAACAAGGAAAACCAUUCAUGCUGAUAAACGACGAGAAAAUUAAAGAUUUCAUAAGACGUUGUGCCACAAAGAUGAGAUCUCUGGGAAAAGAACCGAAGGAAUCAUCGUGGGAAAUGGAACUAAUAACCCUCCUGGCUCCACCGACAAUGGAAGGAGUUACGAAAGAAUCAAAGACUGGAAACGUCAGCCAUUUCACAGACAGUGCGGCAUACACCGGGACACACAAGGAACGGUUUGAUGACAGCGGUAAAGGGAAGGGAAAGGAUGGACGUGUGGAUACUACCCCAAAAGAUGGAUACGUCCAGGCAUUCAAGGACAAGGGCACGUACGACCAAAAACAUUGAGGAGACGUACUAUAUACAGCUGUACAUUUUGUAUUUAUCUUUAUUAUAUUUGAAUCAAAAGUUCUAAGCAGGUUCUCCUUCUGUGACAGAUGAUCCUUCACUUAACCGUACAUCAUAAGCGUUUAGUUAACAUUAUAUUAUGAUACAGUAAUGCAAUGUGGAAAAUUAUGUAAACAUGAUAAAAGUUAAUAGGGUUUGGGUGAAAAGUAUCGUUCACCUAAUUGGGCAAAACAAGGAAAUCCUAACCCGAUGCAGAUUAUGACAUUGCUGAACUUUACAUGAAUUUCUUGUCUUGACACGGUAUCCAUGUCUUCAGGUAUUGGUUGACAAAACAGAUUAUUAUACAAUAAAAUUAAGAUAAAUCACUGUAAACUUGAACAUUGCUCGGAAAUGAACCAUAGUAAGGUCUCGUUUAACAGAAAAGACACUGUAAUAGGUUAUAUAGAUAUGUUUGUCAGAAGUUAAUUUAUUAUGGAUAGAUACUUAGCGGUUAUACUUAAUACUAUUUCCAUCAUUAUAUACUGUCAUUUAUUGACAUUUUAUACUUAUUUUUUAAACAAUGUAAUACAUUUGUAUUUGUAUGUUGAAACCAUGUUCUAUUGCUGGUAUUAGUAUGUAUCUUAUUGUAUGAGAAACAUUAUAAAUCAAAUCUUUAUUCUAAAAUACGUAUAAAACAUGCUGAGAUGUAACUUUAAACUUUGACCUAUUUAAAUAUAUGCAAUACCAUAAAUGGCAAAAAAAUUGAAUAAGCUAUAUAUUUCGAUAUACAUUUGUCAAUAAUUGGUAAAGACCCUUUGUAAAUUGAUGAUAAAUUCUUGACGCAACGAUGACUUUUCAGAAAGUGUUGAAACGUAUAUCGAACAGCUGGCUGUUAAUCAGGUGUGUCUAUUUCUAUCAGUCCUUCAUUUAGUCAUUAAAUGGGUUCGGUAUUUCAUCUUAUAGCUGAUAAAGCAGAGUAACUUGCUCUUAACGCGAUAUGAAAUGUGCUCCGAAAUUCUCAUAAAAUUAUAUCAUGAUUAAGUUUAUUAUUCUUCAAUUAUUAAUUCGUUAUCUUACUUUUACACAAUGUGUUCAGAAUUCAGAAACCAAAGAAACAAUUUCUCACUGUAAAAUAGAGUAAUGUCCCUUUUAUUGUGAUUUUCAAAAUAGGUUGUGACCAAAAUCAAACCAUAAAGCUUCUUAUCGAUAAUGUAAAUCUAUCAUGCACGCUGCUUGUUCACAAUUCCAUGGCUGAUAACAAAAUAUGCAACACAAUAAUGGCAGAUUGCAAGGCAGCAUUAAAUUAGUGAUCUAUAAAGAAAUGAUUGGGUUUGUUUUUGUAAGGCACACACACACACACACACACACACACACACACACACACACACACACACACAUUGAUAUGUACCAAAGAUCAAGUCGUUUAGUUUAUAGUAAAUGUUUCUACUCUUUAUAUAUAUUUUAGACAAUGUUUUUACAUUUGUAUGCCUUCAUUUUUGAUAUAUGUAAUGUAAUAUUUUGUAAACAUUCAGUUAUAUACCUAACAUUCAUUAUUAAUCAGUUGGCACCAAUAUUAUAUUUGUUCUUCAGAAUGUUAAAUUAUGUGACUCUAGUACCUGCCGUACCCUUGUGGUUUCUUGCCUUUGUUCCCAUGCCGCUUAAAAUCAGCAUUUUUUCUAAAAGAAAUUUUCAUCGAUAACGUCAGCAGUAUAUAACAAAAACAUCAAUGAUGAUAUUUUCAUAAGUAGUAUUUUGCGGUUGCAAUCAUUGAAAAAGAUCUUUGUCAAUAAUAACUAUUACGUUUUCCGUAAUUUUUGUUAUAAUUGAUAUGAAAAAACACUAUGAAUGAAUUCUAUGUGUUUUUAAUGAUUUUUUUAUAGACAUUAUUUCCUUCAUACGGUCCCCACAUUUUGCAGCUCCUGGCUUUGAUAAGUCUUCGCUACUUUCAGUUUCUCUUUUGCGUAAAUGACGAUAACUUUCCUUUCCGUAUGUAAGACUCAGGUUGAUACUUCUUUGAAGUAAUUGGUAUUCGUUGUAAUAUAAAUCUUAUAUGGGACAUUCAAGUUCAACGGGUAAAGACUUCCCUAUUACUCUUAACGUUUGAAGAUUGUCGUAAUGUUAUCGGUGUCAAUAUAUAUAUAUAUAUAAAAAAACCAAAGAUCGUAAUAUGUUUCUUUCAUACUUUAUAUCUUUAUAUAAUUUCUAUCAAAUUUUUAUUGUAUAUAUCAUGAGAGUGAAUCAUAACAAAAAAUAGCUAUCUAUUAUCAUAAUAUUAUCUGAAGUAAUUUCAGUAAGUAUAAAAACGGACGAUUUCAAAAACUCAUCACAAAAAUAUCUUUUUAUACAGAAAUUGAUUGAAGGAAUGAUGAGAGAUAACUAGUAAUGUUUUGGUACCAGUUCGCACUUAGUCGCUGUGAGCUCGAGUUACCAUGUAAGCAAAAUACAUCUAAGAUCUACAUGGCGACUGUUGGAACAAUAGGAGUUACUAGAAUAGAUUUCAAAAGUUAAUUGUUGAUCUGAUACAGUAGCUCGGCACUCAUCGAGUUUUCUAAUUGACCUGUUUUAAGUUCAUACAUACAUUAUUUUAUCAUUUUUUAAUUGGUCCAUAAAAUUCCGCGUGUGAUUCUUGUAUUUGAACCAGCUAUUAUGUUGUAAGUCAGAACCAUUAAAAUAUUUAGCAUGAACUUCUUUCAAACGAAAAAAGCUACUUACUUUAAAAUUUUUGACAGGCAGUGAAAUCGAUUAACCUGAAUGUCGUCAAUAUCCCUUUCAAACAAAACACAAGACUCCUUUAGCGGAACGUUGUGUUUUUUGUUUUUGUUUUUCUUCCGUUUUUCAACAUUUUGAUUGUCACGUGGUUCUACGGACUAGAUGCUCUUUGCAACACUUCAGACUUUCAUUUGAAAGAAUUGGCCCCUUAGAUGAAAGAUCUGGCUGUCAUGUGUAGCACCAUUGCCUUUCGUUCAAUGAUCUCGACGUCAGUGAAAUAAGAUUGCAUUUGAAUGAAGAGAUCUGGCCGUUGAGUGAAAUAAUGUAGUCUUCCAAUAAAGCAGGCUGUUUAUUACGUUUCAACAAAAACUGGUCAUAUGGAGACAGCAUGCAAUUACAUUAGAUUUUCUGUAACCUUCAUAAUUAGGCACGUUAAUUGUUUUCAUAUUGUAUAUUUCGAAACGUUGAAAACGGGUUGUAAUGCCUGAUUUGACCUCGGUAACUAUUGAUGUAAU